CAAUCUUCCUAGUGUUUUCAGACCGUAACAUACACAGUAAAUGUGUUCCUGAUUAUAUAUGCUCUUUACAUUAUUCACCAUUUAAUGUGUUCCUGAUUUAUAUGUAUAUCAGCUGUAACUAAAAACAUUUUGUUUACAGGUUGCAUAAUGCCGGCUCAACUCUGAGUGAUCCUUGCGGAUCAAUAUGUCCAUAAAGUUGUACUACCAUCUGGAAUCCCUGAGACAGUGGAUGAGCUUCACUCACUCAUUUGUGAUAGAUUUUCCAUUGCCAGAGACUUCUGUCUUCACUAUAAAGAUGUUGAUUUUGGUGAUGAGUUUUUCACCCUUUUUUCUACAACUGACCUCAAGGAUAAGGACACAAUCAAGGUUGUGUUUCUCCAGGACCACGAGCCUACAGUAACUUUAAACUUGACUGAUGUGACCAACAUGACGGAUGCGACCAACAUGACUGAUGUGACCAACAUGACUGACCAGUCUUUGGAGGAGCACAAUGUGGAUGACACCUCAUCUGUGUCAACCGAUGAUACACUGAUUCUCUCAUCAUCUCAAGAUAGUCCAGGCCACCGUUCCCAGUGCUGGCCCGCUCAGUUUUCAAUUCCCAGCUUUUCUAGCUUCACAGAGAUCCAAAUUCAGUCAGCCAAUGAGUGCUUCAAAAAACAUGGGACUCUUUUGACUGCAAAAGAAUUCAUUCCACUACUCCCAGACAUCCUUGGAAAACUAGGGGAGGCGAUUUAUGAAUACACUGCUUAUCCAUCCAGUCUGCAGAUCAGUGAGGUAGCAGAGGCCCUCACUCAAAAGCAUCCCUGCCUCAAAGAACCAGGGUCCUUUAAUGGGUCCUAUGGAUGGGCGCAGCGCCUAAAAUAUAAGAUGAACAAUUUCAGAAGCAAACUUCGAGGUCUCGGUUGCCCUGAAGUUGAAGUGAACUCACUCAAGAGAAAAACAACACAUGACCAGUAUCCAGCAAAGAAUCUGAAAAAAACAAAGAAGGCUGAGGUGAAUUACCUACCCCCUCAUGGUCAAGGUGAAACUACUGCAAGUUUGGAAAAAGAGAGAGUGGAGCUCCUAAGCGAAGUGAUGAAAAGGGACAACUCCAAGGUGGUAGCUCAGAAAAUGGCCAAGACGUUCAGCCUUCGUCGGGAGGAAAUAGUGAAUGAGGCCCCUGCCAUAAGUGACUUCAUGAAGCGCUGGCCUGCGCUUUUUAGUGAAGCACAGAUCUGUGAAGAAUUCAAGAGGAUAACAACAGUUAGCCUUGAAUCGACCUUUCUGGCCAAGCUUGACCAAUGCACCCCGAAACUGAUGGCCUUGACCCAAUCAAAAGGAGGAGCUGCAGGACUGAAGAUGAGGCACAUUAAGGACAUGCUUCUUGAGGACAACACAGUUGAAAGGCGGAGAGAAGUUGCCAUUCGCUGCCUCAUAGUUUACCUCGGAGAGAAGGAGGAAGAACUUUUCAAACAGUACAGUGACGUGGAGGAGCUCGACACAGACCUUCUGAUGCAAGUGAUGAAGAUUGCCAUCAUCGGUGACCGUGCAACCAUCGUAGUCGAGGGAACCAAAGUCCUGCAGAGGUUUGAUGUCGCCAGAUCCUGUGCUUUGCUGAUGGGAGUAAUAUAUGCUCUAAACCUUAGCUAUCCCAAGCAGUUGAAAUUUACUUUUGAGGCAUUCCAGAAGCUAUGCCUUGGGCUUGACGGACAGAAAGCCAGCUCUAAAAUAAUGAAUCUCAAGUAUGGUAUUUUCUAGAGCGGGCUUGAUCCACCUUGCAUGAGGGAGAAGCUCACAUCACACACACACGCACACACACGAGCAUGCAUGCACGCACACACACACACACAGACACACACACAAAACAUCAUCACUAUCUAGACUGCGUACAAGUUUCUGUUGGACACGGAGCAUCAUGGUAAAUACAAAUGCAGAUGCUUAUUAAUAUACAGUAAGGAUUAAAAACAAAUCUAUGUCAACAUAUGUAAAAGAACCCUAACUUUUAUUCUAAUUGGAUUCACAAUACAUUUAUAUAUAUAAAAAAUGACAAUAAUAGGGGGAAGGCAAUAUCAGUCCCUUGCUUGGUUGAUCCACUGCUUUAUCUCAUCAACAACUGGAUGGAUUGCCAUUAAAUUUUGUCCAGACAUUCAUCGUCCUGAGAAGAUGACUCUUAUUGACUUUGGUGAUCUCCUCACUUUUCACCUAGCAUGUAAUCUUCCCUUCAGGGUGACCUGUAAAAACUGUUUGCCCACAGAGCAUCACCAUCAGGUCACAGUUUUAAGUCAUCCAAAAUAAUUAGGUAACUAAUGACUGUACAUUGUGUUUAGUGCUCCUACUGCCACUAGUAGCGCUUGGUAUUUGGGACUAAAAGCUGCUCCUCCCUGUUCCUUUCUUUCCUCUGCACACACACACACACACACACACACACACACACACACUGUUAUAGUAUUAAUACCUACCAUAGGAUGACCUCUGUUCUGAGGGUGUUAGUGUGUUUUGAACCUGAAUAUUUAGUGCUGUCUUUUGAUGGAUGCUGUUCCUCCUCAAAAGCUUCUGAGUGUAUGUUGCAAUGUAGCCUACAGAUGCUGCUGUUUUCUGCAGUUUCAACGAUUCAGUGUUGUUGUAAUUUUAAUAAAUGUUUCUGAUUAAUUUAAAUAUUACUGUCUGA